ACCUGGGACCGCUCCGAGGGCUUCAAGAAGCAGCUGGACGCCCCUGCGGCCCCCCCCGGCAUGGACGGCCCCGGGGAGGCCGGGGCUCCCCCGGACCCAGCCCAAACCCCCCCGGGAGAGAUGCUGGCCAAGGCCCGGGAACUCUUCCAGCUGUGCGACAAGGAGGCCAGGGGCUUCAUCACCAAACUGGACAUGCAGAGGCUGCAGGGCGAACUGCCUCUGAGCCCGGACCAGCUGGAGUCCGUCUUCCACAGCCUGGACCGUGCCGGCCUCGGCUACCUCACCCCCGACGACUUCGGCUUGGGCCUCGGGAAAUUUGUGGGGAUGGAGCUGUCCCAGGGGGCCUCGGGGAGCCCCCAACUGCGGCAGGGAGAGGAGGAGACCUUUGAGUCCGGCUGGUCAGAGGAGCUGGAGCAGGAGGAGGAGGAGGAAGAGGAGGAGGAAGAAGAGAAGAAGGAGAGGAAGCGGUUCUCCGCUACGAUGGAACAGCUUGGGGCCACCGGGGUGUUGGAAAAGCAGCAGGAAGUCCGAUCCCUGUGGAUGCGGCUGCGGAGGGAGAAGCCGGAACUGCUGGCCCGCUUCGAGGAGGUUCUGCUCUUCGUGUCGGCCCACCUGCGGGAGCUGAGCCACGACAGGGACUCCAUGGAGCAGGCUCUCAGGAGACGGGAGAGCGACCACGAGCGGGAGGUGCAGUGUCUCUACGAGGAGAUGGAACAGCAGAUCCGGGCCGAGCGGGACCGCUUCCAGAACCAGGAUGCUUCCCAUCAGGAUCGCAGCGCCGCUCUGCAGAGGGUGUUGCACAGCAAGGAGCAGGAGCUGGAGACCCUAGGCCAGCAGCAGGGGAAGCUGGAGCAGGAGCUGCGGGAGCUGAGCCGGAGGCAGGCGGCGGCCCAGGUGGACAACGCCCGGCUGCAGCGCCAGAACCAGGAGCUCCGGGCCGAACUGGAGCGGAACCGGGCCGAACUGGACCAGAACCGGGACCAACUGGACGCCACCCGGGACCAGCUCCGCAGCCUGCAGCAGGAGGCCCGGCUGGAGAAUGAACAGAGGCACAGAGACGUGGUCAUGGUCUCGAAGAACAUGCAGAAGGAGAGACAGAGCCUCCUGCGCCAACUGGAGCUGCUCAGAGAGCUGAAUAAGACGCUCAGAGACGAACAGGACGUCUUCGAGACGAAGAGACUGAUGAAUCUCCGGAAGAGAGGCCUGGCACCCCAAUUCCGACCGGCGCCGUGCUGCUGCUGCUGCCACCAGGACCCCAACCUCCUCGCCGGCGGGCACUGACCUCCCUCCCGGCACCAGGCCGGGCCCUGGGCACACUGGCACACGGCCCCGGGCCCCGUCGUGAUGCCCAGGGGCGAGGGGUGGGUGACGCUGCUGCUACCGGAGGUCAUCAUCAAUCGUAUUUAUUUAUUGAGCGCUCACUAUGUGCAGAGCACUGUACUAAGCGCUUG